AUGUCCAUCCAAAAUAGACGUUUACUCAAGAUUAUAGUUAUUGGUGACAGCGGGGUGGGAAAGACAUCUUUGAUGAGUCAAUACGUAAACAAAAAGUUUAUCCACUUACAUAGAGCAACAAUUGGAGCUGACUUUCUCACCAAAGAGGUACAAUUGGAUGGCAAAUUAGCCACCUUGCAAAUAUGGGAUACUGCAGGGCAGGAAAGAUUCCAUAGCCUUGGAGCUGCAUUUUACAGAGGAGCUGAUUGUUGUGUUCUGGUUUUCGAUGUCAAUCUUCUCAGAUCAUUCGAAACACUUCAGAACUGGCAUGAAGAAUUCCUCAAGCAGGCUGAUCCAGCGAACCCAGAGACAUUCCCGUUCGUGCUAAUUGGAAAUAAGGUGGAUAUAAACGGCGGGAGCUGCAGAGCCAUUUCUGAGAAGGUGGUCAGGGAAUGGUGUGCUUCCAGGGGAAACAUACCUUAUUUUGAGACCUCAGCUAAAGAAAAUGUCAAUGUUGAUUAUGCCUUCAUUUCCAUUGCUAGAAUUGCCCACGCUUAUAAUCAUGAACAUGAACAAGAUAUUUGGCCUCCUUUUGAAGAAGCUCCAUCUCAUUGUGAUCUCCAACGGGUUCCAGAAUCAUUUUCAGGAAUUGAGCAAACUCAGAGAGGCGGAUGCGCUUGCUAA